GCCAGCGUGACGUAUAAUCUAGUGGACGGUUCUUCAUAAACAGCUCGUCAACCACCUCGGUAGCUUGCUAGCCAACAUAGCCGAAAGAUUCAAGCUAUUUAUACGCUUUCGGUGUAUAUUAGCUACUGUGUUUUCGACACACUUAGGUCGUAUCUACUUGUUAACCUAUUUAAUAUUACGUUAUUUUGUAUUAGUCAGCUAUAGUAGCUGGCUGGUUAAGUUAGCACUAGCUUAGUCGCUAAUGAUAGCUAGCUAGCUAACAUCCCCGACCAUGAGGUCAGUAAGCUUCUCCCCUCCUGUUAAAGAAGAGGUCUGCUGGACGGAGAAAGAAGCUCUGGGGCUGAACAUUGUCGUGAAAGAGAAGGAAGAGGAGAAUGUCACAGUUAAAAAAGAAGAGAAAGACGUUUCAGUGAAAGAAGAGGAUGUUACAGUGAAAGAAGAGGAGGAAGAGAAAGAGGAGGAUGCAGUUUUUGUAGUGAAGAAGGAAAGGGAGAUUACUGUCACAUUGGAAGAUAAAGAGGAGGAGAUGGGAGAUCUGAUUAACACCAGAGAGAUACGGGACUAUCGUGGAUCCUCUGGGGAGCCUCAACAACAACAUGAUGUUGAAGAGGCAAAGAAGAGUCUCUCCACAUCAGAACACCUCAAGAAACACCAGUGGAGACCCACAGGGAAGAAAUCUCACCGCUGCUCUGACUGUGGGAAGAGAUUCACCUCAUCAGGCAUUAAAAUUCAUCGGAGAAUCCACACAGGAGAGAAACCUUACAGCUGUGAUCAAUGUGGGAAGAGAUGUUCUACAUCUGGCCAUCUGACUGUACACCAGAGAAUACACACAGGAGAGAAACCUUACAGCUGUGAUCAAUGUGGGAAGAGUUUUUCUUCUUCUAGCAGUCUAACUAAACACCAUAGAACACACACAGGAGAGAAACCUUAUAGCUGUGAUCAAUGUGCGAUGAGUUUUAGUCAAUCUGGCUCUCUGACAGUGCACCAGAGAACACACACAGGAGAGAAACCGUUUAGCUGUGGUCAAUGUGGGAAGAGUUUUGGUCAAUCUUGCCAUCUGGUAUCACACCAGAGAACACACACAGGAGAGAAAUCUUAUAGCUGUGAUCAAUGUGGGAAGAGUUUUUCUUCUUCUAGCAGUCUAACUAAACACAAUAGAACACACACAGGAGAGAAACCUUAUAGCUGUGAUCAAUGUGGGAAGAGUUUUAGUCAAUCUGGAGAUCUGACACUGCACCAGAGAACACACACAGGAGAGAAACCGUUUAGCUGUGAUCAAUGUGGGAAGAGUUUUGUUCGAUCUGGCCAUCUGACAGUACACCAGAGAACACACACAGGAGAGAAACGUCUUAGCUGUGACCAGAGAUAAUCUGAUAAAAGAUCUCUGAUCAAAUAUCAAAACAUUUAUAUAUGAAGGAGUUGUUUCAUGAUAUCAAUGAAUUAAUGUCUCAAUGUAGAAUGUUUUAAUAUAUAGUAUAUUAAUAUACUCUGCAGUAAGUCAGUCAGAAUGUCACAGUGUAGAACCCUAAACGUUUGCCAAUUGAUUUCAACAUGAUAUGGACAUUAGGCUCAUUGGGAGAAAUCCAGGCUCUGAAUUGAAAGAGUACUAUUUUUUUGAUUUAACACAAAGUGACUUACAAAAAAAGAGUUGUCCUCUAACCAGUGAUGUACACAUUAUUCCCAGAAUCAACGGAUUUCUGUAACAGUCCUGACCUGUUUUAUGUUGUUUUUAUGUGUUUAUGGUCAGGGCGUUAGUUUUGGGUGGGCAGUCUAUGUUAUUUGUUUCUAUGUUGGUUUUGGUUUGCCUGGUAUGGCUCUUGAUUAGAGGCAGGUGGUUUGCGUUUUCCUCUAAUCAAGAGUCAUAUUUAGGUAGGGCAUUCUCACUGUUUGUUUGUGGGUGAUUGUCUCCUGUGAUGUCUUCGUCGUUGUCGAUGUUAUUCACUUUCGGAGCUGUAUGGCUGUUCGUGUGUUUUGAUGUAACGUUCCUGUCCGUGAGUUUACGUUUAGUGAUGUGAGUUUAUGUUCAGGUUUCGUUCUACGUCGUUUUGUUAUUUUGUAAGUUUGUUAAAGUGUUUGUUUUCGUGUUGCCAUCAUCAUCAGUUUUCGUUGUUAUAAAAUAAAAGAUGGCUUAUUUCCCUGAAACCGCAUUUUGGUCUGAAGAUCCUUCUCUCCUCACCUCUUCCGAGGAUGAGGAAAGCGACAGCCUUAACAGAAUCACCCACCAACAAACAGAGACCAAGCGGUAUGGGAAUGCUCGACGGAGCAACAAGAACUUCUGGACUUGGGAGGAGAUCUUGGACGGUAGAGGACCUUGGGCUCAACCAGGGGAAUAUCGCCGUCCAAAGGAGGAGUUGGAAGCAGCGAAGGCUGAGAGGCGCUGGUAUGAGGAGGCAGCGCGACGACGCGGUUGGGAGCCCGUGAGUCAGACCAAAAAAUUUCUUGGGGGGGGCACACGAGGAGUGUGGCAAAGCCGGGUAAGAUACCCGAGCAAACUCCCCGUGCUUAUCGUGGAGGUAGAAGGCGUCGUACUGGUAAGACACCGUGUUAUGCGGUAAAGCGCACGGUGUCCCCAGUACGCGUGCUUAGCCCAGUGCGGGCUAUUCCACCUUGCCGCACUGGGAGGGCUAGGUUGGGCAUCGAGCCGAGUGCCAUGAAGCCGGCCCAACGUAUCUGGUCUCCAGUACGUCUCCUCGGGCCGGUGUACAUGGCACCAGCCUUACAGGUGGUGUCCCCGGUUCGCCUGCAUAGCCCAGUGCGGGCUAUUCCACCUCGCCGCACUGGCAGGGCUACGGGGUUCAUUCAACCUGGUAAGGUUGGGGAGGCUGGGGAGGCUCGGUGCUCAAGAGCACGAGUCCUCCCUCACGGUCCGGUAUACCCGGUGCCACCUCCAUGUACCAGUCCUCCGGUGGCAGCCCCCCGUACCAGGCUGUCUCUCCGGGUUCUCUCUCCUGCUGUUUCCUCCUCUCCAGCGCAGCCAGUGCCUAGACCACGCACCAGGCUGUCUCUCCUUCUCCUCCCUACAGAGCCAUCCGUCUCCCCAGCGCCAUCUGAGCCAUCCGUCUCCCCAGCGCCAUCUGAGCCAUCCGUCUUCCCAGCGCCAUCUGAGCCAUCCGUCUUCCCAGCGCCAUCUGAACCAUCCGUCUUCCCAGCGCCAUCUGAGCCAUCCGUCUCCCCAGCGUCAUCUGAGCCAUCCGUCUCCCCAGCGCCAUCUGAGCCAUCCGUCUCCCCAGCGCCAUCUGAGUCAUCCGUCUGCCAGGAG